ACACCUGUUUAGCUACCCUUGGUAACAGGGUUUCAUUGUCACACUGACUGCCUUUCAGAGGACAUGAAAUGAAGAUCAAUUUUUAAUGCAUCAGGGAGGUGGUUGGCUUUUUACUUUCUGUAGCUGCUUUUGAACAUUUCAUUGUCGUGAGAUGAGUUGGUCAUUUUUGCGUGAUAUCUUGAGCGGAGUAAAUAAAUAUUCCACAAGCAUUGGAAGAAUCUGGCUUUCAAUUGUGUUCAUAUUUCGACUAUUGGUCUAUGUUGUUGCAGCCGAAGCAGUGUGGAAAGAUGAACAGAAAGAAUUUGAGUGCAACAUCAGACAGCCUGGGUGUGAAAACGUUUGCUUCGAUCAGUUCUUCCCCAUCUCCCAGGUGCGGCUCUGGGCUCUACAGCUGAUUAUGGUGUCAACACCCUCGCUUCUUGUUGUUCUUCAUGUUGCCUAUCGCGAAAGUAGGGAGAAGAGGCACAACAAGAAGCUGUAUGCCAACACUGGAGACAUGGAUGGGGGAUUAUGGUGCACAUAUGUCAUAAGCCUUUUCUUCAAGACGAUAUUUGAAUUUGGCUUUCUUUUACUUUUCUACAAACUGUAUGGGGGUUUCAGUGUACCUCGACUGGUGAAAUGUGACAUGGAACCCUGCCCUAAUGUUGUGGACUGCUAUAUCUCCAAACCUACAGAGAAGAUGAUUUUUCUGUAUUUUGUGGUUGUAACCUCAGGGCUUUGCAUUUUGCUUAAUGUUAGUGAGCUAUUUUACCUUAUUUUCAAAUAUUGUACAAAAUUCUACAUGAAAAAACAAGCAACCAGAAUGGCGCAAGCAAGCUGUGAUUGCAAGAACCACCAACAUAAUGUAAUACCAAUUACAUAUGAACAGGCAGGCAAUGGUGCACCUGAUGGUUAAAGGCUACAAAUAACUCAAUACCUCAGGGUUGGACUGAGUGUCGGGGGCCCACUGGGACUGGGACUUCAAGGGCCCUCCUCCAGGCACCAAACCUUGCACUGCUCCCUGCACAUGCCACCCCAUCCUUUCCCCUCCUUAAUUUGUGGUUGACAUUGGGUCUGGGCAGGGAAGAGGAGAUGGUCCAUGUGGUAGAGCAGGACUUGGUCAGUGCAGCCCAUAAAGGCCCACUGGGUUUUUUUCAGGUGUCCCGUCGGCCCAUUUAGACUCUGCAGAACAUUAUCAGGAAAGUGCAAGAAUCUAUAUUGCAAAUCAAAAGAAAUGUUGAUGUUUAACUACCACUCCAUUCUACCAGCGCCGUUUCUGGGGAAGGAGCCGCUCAUUGGCGGAGCGCCCCUGCAUUCAACUGUGAGAGGAUUGGGUUUUUCUCAUUGCUUACCUAUUUGAGAGAUCAAGGUCUGAACUGCAUGUGCUGUUUUUAAAUAUAUAUACUGGCGUAUUGUAUCCUAUCUGAUCUGUACACUGAUAGCUAGAUGAUAUUCAAGCAACAUGUAUGGCAUUGUGUUAUAUAAUAUGUAUAUAUAACUAUUAUUAAUCAAAACUGUGUCUGUAUUCAUGUUUUAAUCUUAUGCCAUUAUACAAUAAAAUGUUGUAUUAUUAAAUAUAUUGUGUUUAUAUAUAACAAGGGCUUGCCUCUGUUUACCUUGUGUUGCCAAACUACUGGGUUGUAUGAAUUAAAGGGCUAAUAU